AUGUUGAAAUCGCCGCCAUGUACAAUAGGCAAUAUGUCUUUAGGACAGAUACAAAAACUUAUUGGCUGUGAUGUUGUUUUACUAAUAGGAGCGUCACUUUCAGGUCAAGGUACUCAAAGUGUAUUCUUUCGUGCUGCUAGUAAUCGUCGGCAAACAACGUAUUGGAGUUCAGACUUGAAUAGUGACUUACCAUUGACGACCAAAGAUGAUGUCACUCAUAAAGAUACAUUUAUGGCACAUGAUUUGGGUCAUUUUACCAUAGUUGAUCUGAUUUUCACUGACAUACAUUUCAUUCUUCAUUGGAGUGCAUACAUUGCAAUGACGAUUAUGUUAUUAAUUGAUGCCUUGUCAAAAGCAUUUACAAAAUGGAUAGGCGUUCAACUUACUAUUGCAUCAACGUUUCAUUGGUUAACGGAAUCUGAACAACUUCGAAGUAAAAUCAUAGCACAAUUGAGUACAUACACAGAUGGUAAUAAAGGUGGUCAAAUAUCAUAUACAUUAAAUCAAACAUUUCUUAAUGGUUAA